AGAGGAUGCUACCUCAAGAGGGACAUGUGAAAGUCCUACAUGAUCAGUAUUGAAAGACACACAUGCCAAAUACUCACAUUGUUGAAGAGUGAAUGAGGAUGACCUUUGCCUGGAGGCGAAAGUAGAUUACAGGUGGAAUGACUGUUAAAGAUGCUGUCAACAAAUAUCCAUUCUUGAAGACUCCAUCAGGGCUUUGUCAAGAAAGUGGUUUCCUGUACAUGUCUGUUAAUCUCUGCCGGCACUUCCAAGAAAAUUUUGGAAACAUUGCAUCCAGUGUGCUACAGCUUGCUCAAGGGAAAUCUCAUUUGGCAAAGCCACACAAAGAAGCUAAAGAAGAAUCUCUAAUUGAAAAACAUCUUGGAAUUGAUUUCACAGCAGCACUUCUCAUGUUGCCAGGCUUAUUUAGAGAGAAGCUUGUACACUUCAUUGUGCUUGGGGAGAGUGAACCAUCUUCACCAUACCCAACUGUUCAAGUACAGGAAACCAGUGACUGGAAAACUGUGCUUACGAGAAGAGUCACUGCAGUCGUCAAGAGUUGGUGGAAUAGAGAUCUGUGUUGGGCCAGCUGUGUGGAGGAAGGGGCUCUUGCUGCAUUUAGUGCCUAUCUCGUCUUCAAUUCGAAUUACCCAUCUCAUCUGAAAAACACCCUGAUCUUUCUUCAGCGGUAUGUUUUGAAACUUACUGUGGAUGGUGACAAGCCUCUACUUACUCCAGUUACCAGAGUAAUUAACCUCUUAGAAUAAGAUUUGCCAAAAUGCAUCGCCUGUUCUGUUGCCCUAAAUGCUCUCGGAGAACAUUCACAAUUGUCAAAUUAAUCCAGCACAUUGGUCUCAUUCGUGCACAUGAG